AUGGGAUGCUAUGUAGAAACUGGCCGAUAAGUUUAGUCAAGUGAACCUAACCCUUCCUUUGAACAACAACUAUAAGAGAUUGAUAAAAGAGAAUUUUUCAAGAAUAGAAAGGGAUUUUAAAUAAAUCUCAAACCUAUUCUGUAUUCUUUUUCUUAUGAAAAAGGAGAAACAGAUUCCUAAGACUAAAAUAAUUGA